CUCCGCUCCCCCCACCCCGGAGGCGCCGGGCCCCUUGGAUGCCGCCGAGAUGGGCAAGGUGCUGUCCAAGAUCUUCGGCAACAAGGAGAUGCGGAUCCUGAUGCUGGGUCUGGACGCGGCGGGUAAAACCACCAUCCUGUACAAACUGAAGCUGGGCCAGUCCGUCACCACCAUCCCCACCGUGGGCUUCAACGUGGAGACGGUUACUUACAAAAACGUCAAGUUCAACGUGUGGGAUGUCGGGGGCCAGGACAAGAUCCGUCCCCUCUGGAGGCACUACUACACGGGCACGCAGGGGUUGAUCUUUGUGGUGGACUGCGCCGAUCGCGACCGCAUCGACGAGGCCCGCCAGGAGCUCCACCGCAUUAUCAACGACAGGGAGAUGCGGGACGCCAUCAUCCUCAUCUUCGCCAACAAGCAGGACCUGCCUGAUGCCAUGAAACCCCAUGAAAUCCAAGAGAAACUGGGCCUGACCCGAAUCAGGGAUAGGAAUUGGUACGUGCAGCCCUCCUGUGCAACUACAGGGGAUGGACUCUAUGAAGGGCUGACAUGGUUAACAUCCAAUUAUAAAUCCUAAUGAGAGAAUAACUAUUUAGUCUACAAAGAAUUAAAGAAAAAAAAAAUAACCCACAUGGCUUUCCAGAAGAAUGAUUCUCUACUGAAAAGUAAAACAACGGCAUCCAUAGGAUUAUGAUCACCUUUCUCCAGUUACCACCCUUUCCUUCUGCACACUUGACUGGAUUCCUGUUUUAACUCUUCUUGCUUGGCGUUAGGAUGCUCUAAUCUCCGAAUGUGACACGAACACAAGCACUAGAUGCUAUGGCAGACUUCCAGCAAACAGGGGAAAGACACAUUGUAGACUUGCUAAGUAACUUUUUUUUUUUUUUCCUCUCUUGAUAGCCCUUAAGAUGGUUUGAUUAUUUUGGGGGAUGGUUGGGGGAGGGGUACCAUUUUCAGUGUAUGCUUUCUGGUUCUACUUUUUUGAUUAUAUAUUUUUUUUUCUUCUAUCACUUGCUGUAGAUUGCUACUUUUUUGCAUUCAUGCAGAAUAUGUUGAUAGGUCUACUUCAUCUAGUAAACUGAAAAUUAUUGCUUAAAAUCAAACUGCAGUCUGUCUUUUUAUAUUAAGGACUUUUUUAAAAGUUCUGUUAAUCUGUAACUAAAUAGUGACUCUCAGUCUGUCUUCAUAUCUUGGACUAAUAACGAAACGAAUUCUUGCCUACAGUGGCAGAUAGUGAGAAUACCAUUGUAACAUGUUCAAAGUGCAUAUCAGGCGUAAUGUUAACUAGGUAAUGUAAGAACUGCUUUGAAAUGUCAGCUGUGAAGUUCUGAACCAUACAUCAUGCAUGAGAAGGGAUGCAAAUAAGUUCUCCAUACUACAUAGCAACCAUAUAGCAAAUAAGACAUGAAUGAUGUAAUAGUUCCAGGGUAGAUACUGUUCAGUUUUUGUCUUGCAUUGCAAACUUAAAUGAUGUUUAGCUGCAGUUUUUACUACUCGUGUCAGUCUCUGAUUCGAUGCAAGAUAGGUUCCUUCCAGAACAUGCAGCAAUAACGUGUAAGCAUUGCAACAAGUUUUGCUUUCAAUCACAGAUGUUUAGGCAAAAAUCUAGCACUGACUUGCCUGUCUUGUGAUCGAGACAAAUUGCUUUCAUCUCAAGACAGCUGAAGACAUCUAAAUCUAAAAGGAUUUCUGAUUCUUUCUGACAUGCACGUAGUGGAGAAAGAAAUUUUAUUUUUUUUCUUUUCCAUUUUGUAGACUUGCAAAGGAGCAAGUUCUGUGCUAAGCUGUAACUGAGCUUGGUAGUUCUGACAUCUGAAUAAUAGCCAUUUUGAGGAAAUCGCUCAUUGGUUUAAGUUUUCCAAGACUCGACUGAACUCAUGCAAGUAGUUGCAGUCUUUGCCAUCUAUCUUGGUAGCCGGUUGUUGCUGUAGUCCUGUAGGAAGGGAACUAUGUUGGAUGUCUGAAGCCCAUUGAGUAACUACUAAUGAGAGCGGGGAGGAGAGAGAGAGUAUACGACUAUGAAUGUAAACUUCCAUAAUUAGUUCUUAAAGGGCAAGCAGCUCAUUUGCCAUAGCACAGUUUGCAGAUGUGACUGGCAAAAAAACCAACCCACCCAGAACAAGUAUUAGUAUAAAAACUCAAUCAAGUGUUAAUGCUGGGUGCAAAAAACGUUAAAGCAGCUGGUUCUUAUUCAGCCUUAAGGAUUAACUUCAGAUUUCCUCAAGGAGUUAAACUCGAUUGGGGAAUUCUAGGAAUGUAUGCUACAAAACCAGAAGAAAAUGGCUUUUUUUUUUCUUUUUUUUCCAAGGAUCUGAGUUUUACAUGAAAUUGGGGGCAUUACACUACAUUUCUGCAGUGUUGACUCUGCAUGCUAAGUACAUUGUAUAUGGAGCUCUUACCAAAGAUGUAUGGGAAGAUAAAAAUACUGAAUUCACUUCUGAAAUUGAAUGCUUUGGACCGUGUAAAAGUUCCUUUAGAAUAUGGUUCCAAAAGACUUAUCUUGAUGUGGGUUGCAAAUGGGACUGAAUGGGUUCUUGAUGCUAGAAGAUAGAGCAUUGAUUGACUGUAAGCUUUCCUAAGUUAGAGUUUGCAAAAGCUUAAUGUAGAAUUACUCUUAAAUCUCAGCUCUAAAGAAGAGGAGGUGAGAAUAAUUUUUUUUCUUCACCCGAGGCUUUUUGCCAUUGGAAUAUCAUUGCUCUAUUUUCUAGCUUUUUUUUUUUUCUUCCUGUUGAUGUAACUUAACAAAUAGUGUGGUGGUAUAAAGACUAAAAAUACAGGAAUAUGGUUACUGUUUUCUUCUGGAGCAUAAAUAAAAUAGCCAAGCACAACGUAAAUGCCUAAACUGGAAAACUUGAAGCUCUAUUAAUGGUUCUUGAACUUUCUUAAAUCUAUUCUCAGUCAACAUGAAAACUUCAAUAACUUCAUUUUUCGUCUAAGUUGAUUUACUGUGUUUUCUCUUCAAGUGCGGGGGCAGACUUCUUUGCUAGACUUUGCAUUAAGUUGAAUUCACAAUUUUGUAUUUCCUUAGUAACUUUGUUAUUCUGUUUUUGUAGGUGAAAGGAAACUGAUUAUGCUUCUCAAUUUUUUUAAUGUCAUCUUUGGGGGGGAGAAAAAGUUACUGAAACGUGUGGCAGAGAUGUCAAAAAUAAAUGGCCAUUGCUACUGAACAAAAUAUAAAGGUUUCACUUUCAACAUGUCCUUUAUAGGUUGUAGCUGAACCUCACCACGAACUAGUGGCUAUCAGGCAGUAAACAUAGCCUGUAGGAUAAAGCGGCAAUCUGUAAGAAAUCCUAUGAUUUAAAAACUAAUCUGGAGUUUAAGUGCAUCAAUUUGUGUUCAUGUGAAUUUAUGGAGUAAGUUUUGAAUGGCGUUAAUUGUGUCUGAUAAGUGAAUGAGUUUGUAGACUGUGAUCUCCCUGACUAAAGUAAACAGGAAUUUUGUGUUCUCAAUAUGGCUGUAGUGUUGGUAAAGAACUAAUAAGCAGAAAAUAAAGCAAUUAUACAGCGGA